CCUCGCUCUCCCCUCCCUCUCUCUGCACGGGGUGUGUCCACACGGAGCAAGUCUAUCGUUGGCUUUAUUUCGUGAUGAGCCACUUGUGAAACACUUUUCCACUAACAGCAGCUCCUCAGCCUUCUACUAUGAUGCAGAUGCAGGUGGUGAUCUGUUUGGCUCUCGUGGCUCUCGUUGGGGCUGAUGAGUGUCCGGAUGGAGGGAGAUGUGAAGACGGUCACACCUGCUGCAACGACCCGGCCAACGGCUACGAAUGCUGCCCUCUGGAUCAGGCCGAGUGCUGCGGGGAUCACGCGCACUGCUGUCCUGCCGGAACACUCUGCCACGCAGCCACGUCCAGCUGUUUGAACACCACCGGCUCCGUCCCCUGGGUGGAAAGAUCCCCCGCGGAUCAGCCCGGACUCUCCAAGUCCUUCAGGAUGAUCAAGUCGUCCGCGGGGGAGGAGGACGACAACAUCUGUCCCGAUCUGUCCCGAUGCCCGGCCGAGUUUUCCUGCCUGAAGGCUUUGACAAAGUUUGGCUGCUGUCCGUUAGCUCAGGGAGUCCCCUGUUCCGAUGGGAAACACUGCUGUCCUGAGGGCCACCAGUGCAGCGCAGACUGCCGCUCCUGCAUCAAACAAGAGCUUGUGACUACAGUUCUGUGCAAGGAUGGAGUGUCAGAGUGUCCGGAUGGAACCACCUGCUGUGAAAACCCAGAUGGAAAGUGGGCCUGCUGUCCCCUGCCGAAGGCCGUGUGCUGCGAGGACAAGACGCACUGCUGCCCUGAAGGGACCACGUGUGAUGUCGAACACAGCAAAUGUAUUUCCCUGUUUACCAAACAGGAGUUGCCUAUGUGGGCCAAAUCGCCUGCCAGGUUGAGAGCGGACUGGGAGAACCCGAAAGAACAAGUCACUUCAAAAACGGCCGUUGAAGUCACCACAGUGACUGCAGUCAGUCCCACCGAGGAAGAACCGUCGCUCACCAAGCCCGCUGCAGACGCGAUGUUUCCCAUGCAUUUAGGCGUUAGUGUGGCCUGUGAUGCCACAGAAGCCUGCGCAGGUAACAGCACAUGCUGUAUGACCCCGGAGGGCGGCUGGAGCUGCUGCCCACUUCCAGAGGCUGUUGACUGUGAGGAUUCAGUUCACUGCUGCCCAAAAGGGCGAAAAUGCAACCCGGCCACCCAGGCCUGCGAUAGCGAGGGAUGCUCUGUGCCGUGGCUCCAGAAGGUGCCCACAAUCCCCAGACUACAGGUGGGGAAUGUGUCAUGUGACGCCACCCACCAGUGUUCCGACGGCACCACCUGCUGCAAGACUGCAACACAGGAGUGGGCCUGCUGUCCUCUUCCCGAGGCCGUCUGCUGCGACGACCACGAGCACUGCUGCCCGACCGGCACCACCUGCGACCUGGCCUCGCUCAGCUGUACCGGCGCCUCGGGCUCCACGCCCAUGAUGCCCAAGACGCCCGCGUUCGUCACGGCGGGCCCUUUCCCCCAAAGCCGGGCAACGAUCACCAAGGGAGAGGAGGCGACGAAAGCGCCGGAGGAGGACGAGGUGGUUCAGUGCGACUCCCGCACCAGCUGCCCUCAGUCCAACACCUGCUGCUUCAUGGCCGAGUCUCAGAAGUGGGGUUGUUGCCCGCUGCCGAAGGCCGUUUGCUGCUCCGACGGGAACCACUGCUGUCCCACGGACUACACGUGUGACGUGGAGAAGACCACGUGCACCAAAGGGGAAGUGGUGAUCCCCUGGUACACCAAGCUCCCGGCCAGCGCCAGCGUGGAGGACGAUCCCGCCUCUGUGCAGUGCGACGGGCAGGAGCAAUGCCCCGACGACAACACCUGCUGCCAGCUGCAGUCGGGCGAGUGGGGCUGCUGCCCCAUGCCAGACGCCGUGUGCUGCCCGGAUAAGGUGCACUGCUGCCCGCAGGGCUACACCUGCAACAUGGCCUCCAACUCCUGCCAGAAGCUCCUCAUGCUGCAGCUGCAAGCCGUCCCGCUGACACGGGUGUAUCUGCCCGAGGCGGAGCCCACGUCGAGUCCCUCGGAGCAGGGCGACGUGGUGUGUGAUGAUCAAACCAGCUGUCCCGAUGGACAGACCUGCUGCAGGACCUCGGCCACGACGUGGGGCUGCUGUCCAGCUCCCAAUGCGGUGUGCUGCAGCGACAUGCAGCACUGCUGCCCCGAGGGCCACACCUGCACCGAGACCGGAGGCUGCACCGGGAACAACGUCCCCCACUGGCACAAGUGGCAGGUGUUCUUCAGCAACAAAAAGAGAUCCCUAAUUAAGUGAAGACCCUCCACCCCCGCACUGCCAUUUGAUUCUGCAACGUGCACUCAAUGGAAAUGACGUAGAAGGGAUUUUAUUUGUGGUGAAGGGGAUGCUGAGUGCAUUGCACGAUGGGUUAUGAUGUUCUGCAACUACCACUACACGCCACAACAUCAGGGCAUUUACCUUUUAACGACUCUUUUUCAAAUUCAGCCUUGUUAUUCCUUGUUAUUGAAUAUAACUUCCAUCCAUUAAAUACAAUCCACUGGCAAUGUGAUUCUCCUUUUGUGUGUUCUGCUUCAGCUGCUUUGUACUGCCGGGCACUUCAUCAAUAAUUAGUCACAAUUCAGGGCAUGAUUUUAUCAUUUUAAUUAUAUGUGAUUCCACCUCAUGAUGGGCGAGUCCUGUUUAAUGCUGUUUUCUACUACUUCAGAUUUGGAAGAUAAUGGAAUAAUCUGUAAUGAGUUAUUGUUUUGAUUUUGUGCAUGUAGUCAUCCAUGUUAAUUUGGGAUUUCAAACACACAAUGACGAAAAAACGCAAGUACACUUGAGGCUUUAUCUGCAUGAAACUAAUAAACAGGAAAUGUGUUACAACAUCA